CGCCAUGAAUCACAAGAGCACGAUGGAAAAAGAACCUCAACAUCCAUUGACUAGAUAGACUUGUGCUAUCAGUUCUCUCCGACGCCCACCACUGCCACCACCCGUUACAGUGCACUAUUGAGCUUAUCGCCACCGUCGCCGCCCAUAAACACCCACUAUCGAGUAGAUCUCAUUUUCGCCUUCUGUGCACAUGGGUGAGCAGACCCAGACACAACCAGGAACCCAAUCUCAAGAUUCUAAACCUCCAUCUCCGACUCAGCCCCAGAAAGCUGAGCCCAAUCCCGAUUCCAAUGCACAAUCUUCACCGCUACCAACCCAUUCAACUGACCCUCUUCCCGCCACCGCCGACACUAACAGCGAUUUUCCGAAAAAUUCCCAAGGCCACUCCAACCCUUCCAAGAUUCCAAUUCGACCCCAGAAAGUCCGCAAACUCUCCGUCGCCACCCCAAUUCCCACUCCCACCUCCGCUGAUAAAUCAUCUCCACCGGAUGAUUCCUCCGCCUCUGCUCCCACAACCACUAUUACCAACAAGAACCGGCGGCGGGGUGCCUCCCAAUCUUCUAGAGCUCUACCUCAGAUUAUCAAACCCUUGUCGGCCAACGGCGAAAUUGAAUUGGCCCUUCGUCACCUCCGUUCUGUAGACCCUUUUCUCGCCCCGAUAAUUGAUACCCAUCCGCCCCCUCAAUUCGAGUCCCACCACCCUCCUUUCUUAGCUCUGGCCAAGAGCAUUCUCUACCAGCAGCUCGCCUACAAGGCUGGCACCUCUAUUUAUACGCGCUUCACCUCUCUUUGCGGUGGUGAAGGCUCUGUCCGCCCUGAUACUGUUCUUGCCCUCUCUGCACAACAGCUCAAGCAAAUUGGUAUUUCUGGGCGCAAGGCCAGCUAUUUAUAUGACCUUGCAAAUAAGUAUAACUCUGGGAUUUUGUCGGAUAAUACAGUCGUGAAAAUGGAUGACAAGUCGCUGUUCACUAUGCUCUCGAUGGUGAAGGGGAUAGGUUCUUGGUCGGUCCACAUGUUCAUGAUAUUUUCUCUGCACAGACCGGAUGUGUUACCUGUGAGUGAUUUAGGGGUUAGGAAAGGCGUACAAUUGUUACACAGUUUGGAGGAUUUGCCGAGGCCUUCACAGAUGGAGCAAUUGUGCGAGAAGUGGAGGCCAUACAGGUCAGUUGGGGCGUGGUAUAUGUGGCGGUUUGUUGAGGGGAAGGGCACUCCAGCAACUGGUGCUGCAGUGGCACUGGAAGGUAGUUCUGUGCAGCCACUGCAACAGAUUGAGCCACAGCAGGACGGGCGGCAGCAGCAUCAGUUGCAGUUUCUGGAAUCAGUUAAUGGCAUUGGAAAUAUCGGGGUUAGAAAUUAUUGCCGGACUGAUGCAGGACAGUUCAGUGAGCGUUACUAAUGCUACCUGCAGACUAUCUCUUCUGAAUUGAAGAAGAUUGUAAAAUUUAAGUUUUAGUGCAAUGGUGAAAGACAUCUCUUUAAAAAUCUUCAAUAUGGUGAAAGAUAGGUGAUGCAAGAUAGUAUGAAGAGCAACAUAAUAUAGAGAAUAAAAGAGGAAGAGAACAAAAUUUAGGAUAGGAAAUUUUAAUAACAAUUUAAUUCAAUACUCUAUGUAAUUGAAAUACUAGUGCCUUACUUACAAAGAGAAAGUUACAGAUUAAGAAAAAGGAACAUUUCCUAUCUUGAACCUAAUAAUGAAGAGAAGGGAAUAAGAUCAAAUUAAAUUUAGUUUAAUAACUACUAUUUUUUCCCCCAAAAUAAAUCUCAUUUCUG